UUCCUUGCGCAUGCGUGUUGUACACGUUAAACUCCACUAUCCACGUUGUUUUACAUUCUUGGAGGUAAAAUAAUCUUUAGAGGAUAUUUAGUAUUAUUAAAGUACAAGGACUGUCUUUUUUAAGAUCAUGGGUGGACAGGUGAAGGGCAAAAAGAAAAUCAAACCAAAAAGGAAGGACACACGCCAAAACAGAGAUGCGGGAUUUGUUGGACUGUCACCUCAGGAAAGGGUGAAACUACGAAUGCACGAGAAAGCCAAGAAGAAGACCGCUGAGAAGUACUCUGUGCAACAGUUGCUGGAGAAGACAGAGGAGUACAUGGACUCUUUUAAUUUUGAAAUGGCUGGGCUUUUCUGUAAACGAGCACUAGAUAUGGAGCCUUCUAACCUUCAAACCCUAGAUAUGCUGGGACACAUCUACUCUGAAUUAGGAGAAUCAGAGAAAGCUAAGGAAGUCUUUCUGCAUGCGGUGGAGUUGAGCCCAGAUGUAGGCCACACUAAGUACAUGUACCUGGGGCAGAUCCACACAGGCCAAGAAGCAGUGGACUAUUACACGAGAGGAGUACAGGUCCUCUUGUCUGCGUUGGAGAAUCAAACACAGCCAGCACAGGCUCAGGCCGGGGCUGCUGCCCUAUCAGACGAAGACCCUCAGCUCCCCACGGCGAAGGAUGUUAGCGUUGCCUUCUGCUCCAUUGCUGAGAUUUAUUUAACCGACCUCUGCAUGGAAGAGGGGGCGGCCGACAAGUGCAGAGAGUUCAUCGAGAAAGCAUUACAGUAUCACAAUGACAACUCUGAAGCUCUACAGCUCAUGGCCAGUUACCUGUUUAGCACAGAGAGAAACCAGGAAGGCAAAGAAUACCUGUUGAAGAGCGUUGGAUUGUGGCUUCCUGCCCAGAAACAGAUUGCAGCUUCUUCCAGCGCAGAGGAAGACACGCAGAUUGAGAUCCCUCCGUACGAGUCGCGCAUCACCACAGCCAAGCUGCUCAUCGAGUCCGAGGAAUACGAGAUGUCGGUGGAUGUGCUGGAGGGUCUUCUGGAGGAGGACGAUGAGGUCGUCCAGGUGUGGUAUCUUUCCGGCUGGGUGUGCUACCUGCAGUUGGAAAAGGCGAAGGAGCAGCAGGGACGAGAGGGGAGAGACGCGACGGGGGAGGAGCUGGAGGAGCGGAGGGCCCUCGCGGAGGCAGCCAGGUCCUACCUGACCAGAGCGAAGAAGCUGUACAGUAAGCUGCAGUGUGACGACCAGCCCGUGUUGGAGCAUGUGGAGCAGCUGCUGGGCGAGCUCGGAGGAGAGAUGGACGGGGAGGAAGAGGAGGCAGCGCCGGAUGAAGACUACGAACCCUGUAGUGACGAGGAGGACGAUGAUGAAGCAGAGGCACCCAUGGAACAGUGACCACACCCCCGUCGCUUGAGCUUCCCCCAAGUUCCAAUAUACCAGUGCACUCUCUAAAUUGCCUUUUUUAAGUGGUUAUGCUUUCACAUCCGUUUAUCAAAGAUGAAAUUUGAAUUCAAGUAAGCUGCACAAAGAGAAUGGAAUUAAAACCUGCAGGCUACUCGGUCUC